AUGGAUGUUCUAAAACAAAAAAUUUCAGAUGUUCGUGAGAGUAUCGCAAAGUUAGAAGCUGAUCUUGACGAAAAAGAUAAGGAAUUGUUGGCCAUAAGACAAGAUCACAAAAAGUUUGAAGCAGAAGCGAGAGCUGCCCAUAAAAGCCGCGAUAUUCUUGAACUGAAAGUCGAGGCCGUGCAAAAGGAACUAAAGGAUUGCUUGCUUAAAUUGGAGGAAAAUCAAAAGGCAGCUGAUGAGAGUAAAAGAUCUGCUGAUAGUUUGGAAAAAAAGAGGAAUGCUCAAGAAAAAAUAAUAUUCGAACUUGAAGAUAAACUUCAAAAAGUCACAGAAGCAGCUAAGGAAGCCCAAACGAAAUCAACCAAAGUUAUUCAUGAAUUACGAGAAAUUGAAGAAAAAAUUGAUCAAAUAGAAUUUAUUAACGAAAAGAAGGAAAAAACCAUAAUUGAAUUGCAGGAUUUAAAUCGUCUUUAUUCAAGUAGAUUGAAAUCAAUGAAAUCUCUCUUCGAUAAUAACUUUAACGGCGAUGUUGAACUCGAAAAUAGAGUUGAGGAGGUUACCAAGCAACUGAAUGCUGCUAACCGUAGAGCCAAGAGCGCAGAAGAUCAAGCCCAACUUAAUCAAAUUGAACUUGCAAGACUUGAAGACGAGUUGUCGGAGUGGAAAGACAAGAAUACAACACUCCGUUCGGAGAUUGAUCGAAUCAAUGUGGAGUUGCAGUGA